AAUAGGUGGUGGGGUGAGGGUAUGUUUGCAAUAAACAUUCCCAUUGACACAGUCACACAUUGUCUGUCCCAAGAGCAGUGUCUCGACAGAAUGAAGUGUGCUACAAUGCGCCUUCUCCAGCGGAUGCGCCACUCUUCUCUCUGUCUCUCUGUCUCUCUCUCUCUCUUCCUGGUCUUGCGCUACGCGCUGAGGAAACGGUCACACCGAGAUUGCGAACAAACUAGAGAUGGGGACAGAAGGGUCACGGAAUUUGGAAUUCGAACACAAUGGCGAAUCAAGAAACUCAGCAGCGCCGUCCCCGUCAACAACGCCGGACCAAGGGUCGACCGGUGGUCCCGGCUAGGGUUCCGUUGAGGCUGUUGCUGCGGGUAGCGUCGGUUGCCGGAGGCAUUCAGUUUGGGUGGGCAUUGCAGCUCUCGCUUCUGACGCCGUACGUGCAGCAGCUGGGGAUCCCACACGUGUGGGCCAGCAUCAUAUGGCUGUGUGGGCCGCUCUCUGGGCUGCUGGUGCAGCCCCUGGUGGGCCACUUGAGCGACCGCUGCACCAGCCGGUUCGGCCGCCGGAGACCGUUUAUCUUGGGCGGAGCAUUGGCGAUCAUCAUUGCUGUUCUGAUCAUCGGUCACUCCGCGGACAUCGGGUGGUGGUUCGGCGACACGCCCAAACAUCGCCCCUGGGCUGUGGGUGUUUUCGUUUUCGGGUUUUGGAUUUUGGACGUGGCUAACAACGUCACUCAGGGCCCUUGUAGAGCCUUGCUUGGUGAUCUCACUGGCAAGGAUCACCGAAGGACACGUGUUGCAAAUGCUUAUUUCUCCCUGUUUAUGGCUAUUGGUAAUAUUCUUGGAUAUGCAGCUGGAUCAUACAGUGGUUGGUACAGGGUCUUUGCUUUCACUAUGACCCCUGCAUGCAAUAUUAGUUGUGCAAAUCUCAAGUCUGCUUUCUAUCUUGAUGUUGGUUUCAUCGCUGUCACCACUUAUAUAAGCAUCAUGGCAGCUCAUGAAGUGCCUCUGAGUUCUAGUGGGGCACAACCUGUUGAAGCAGCAGCAGGGGAAUCGGGUGCUGCUGGAGAAGCUUUUCUGUGGGAGCUAUUCGGGACAGUCAGAUAUUUUUCAACCCCAGUUUGGACAAUACUGUCCGCUACUGCCUUAACUUGGAUUGGAUGGUUUCCAUUUCUCCUUUUCGAUACUGAUUGGAUGGGCCGAGAGAUUUACGGUGGUGAACCAAAUGAAGGCCCUAAUUAUGAUACUGGAGUUAGAAUGGGGGCAAUGGGCUUAUUGCUUAAUUCAGUUGUUCUUGGAAUAACGUCUGUACUCAUGGAGAGGUUAUGCAGGAAGCGGGGGGCUGGGUUUGUGUGGGGAAUCUCAAAUAUCUUGAUGGCUGUCUGCUUUAUUGCAAUGCUUAUUGUAACCUAUCUGGCAAAUAGAAUUGGCUAUAUAGGCAAAGAACUACCACCAACUGGCAUUGUGAUUGCUGCAUUGACAAUCUUUACCGUUCUUGGGUUUCCACUUGCAAUCACUUACAGUGUUCCAUAUGCCUUAAUUUCCACACAUAUUCAGUCAUUGGGACUCGGCCAAGGAUUGUCAAUGGGGGUCCUAAAUCUAGCAAUAGUGUUCCCACAGAUGGUGGUGUCCCUGGGAAGUGGACCGUGGGAUCAGCUAUUUGGUGGAGGAAAUUCUCCGGCCUUUGCCGUGGCAGCUGUUGCAGCCCUUCUCAGUGGAUUACUAAGUAUCUUGGCUAUUCCCCGACCUGGCGGUAAAAAGUCUACAAGUCAAGUAUGAGGUUAUUAUAAUUUACAGGAAAUGAGUGUUUGCUGUUGCCGAGAGGGUUGGAUGAAUGAAUUAUUUCAUAUUUUCAGUUUAUUAUGCUCAUUUUAUAUACAAAAAUCAUGAUUAUUAAUUUCUUUUCGUUGCUGGUAAUUAUUGGGCACACAUUUCCAUACUAGAUUGUAUGCCAUGCGUAUUCUACUGUUUAUCAGAGUUGUAGCAGGUAUGCUUUCUGGAUUUCGUCCAUAUGAACAUGCAAGUGUAUGUCUCCAUAAAUGAUAAUUUAUGUCGCGUAGCGACGGAAUGCAAUAGUUAUAUGUACUCUUCAUUAAACCAAUUUACGUGAACUGAUAGAGAAAGGCGAGGGGGGGUUCAGUAGAAUAGUUUGUCCCGGUGACAUUUUCCUACAUGAACACAUCCAAUCUCUGUACAUGUUAAUGUCAAAGUGAAAAAAACUUAUCAUUAUUUUCCCUUUCAUUAAGUUAAAAGAAGAUGUGGCUGAUCUCCAACAUAGCAACUUGU